AUGAACAGUGUAAAUAGUAUGCGCUUGAUGCGCUCCUAUAUACUGUGGCUAUACACUGAAAUGUAUUGAAAGUACGUGGAAAAUACGUAUUAGGAGGUUAGGAGCAGUGGUUUCAGGUCUAUAUUUUAAGAAACCAUUUAGAGCAUUGAGGGAAAUAUUCAGUAUGCACGGAAGAGUGAAGGUUCGUACAACUGCAGAGCAGGAGGCAAUAAAAAAGAAAGAAAGAGCUGAGAAACUUGAACAUUAUAAAGCUGGUAUGAGCAUUGUAUUUGGAAAGAGAAAAGAGAAAAUUUAUGAUGAUGAAUUGCUGACAGUGACUGAACGUAUGUUACUUCAAAACUCAGACAUUUAUACCUUAUGGAAUAUUCGCAGAGAAGCAGUUGCAAACAAUGAUUGGGAUGAAGAUUCUGUGAAACAGUUUUACCAAAACGAAUUGACGCUUACUGAAAAUUGUUUAAAACAAAAUCCUAAAUCUUACUGGAUAUGGUACCAACGAAUGUGGGUUUUGAAUCACUCAGUAGACUGCGAUUGGCAAAAAGAACUAAUGUUGUGCGCAAAGUGUCUGAACUUGGAUGAGAGAAAUUUUCAUUGUUGGAACUACAGAGAGUACGUUGUUCAGAAAGCAGGAAUAUCAGCGGAAGAAGAAUUUCAAUUUGCUACUACGAAGAUUCUAAACAAUUUCUCUAACUAUUCUUCUUGGCACUACAGGAGUCGAUUGCUGUCGAAAAUGUUUUACAAUUCAGAUCAGACGGAUAUAGAUGAAAGAAAGAAGGAAGAAUUAGAUUUGGUAAUGAACGCUACGUUCACGGAUCCUAACGAUUCUAGUGCUUGGUUCUAUCAAAGGUGGUUAUUAAGUACACACGAAUCAUUACCUAUCCUUUCUCAAGUAUUAAUAGAAAAGGGGAGUGUGAUCCUUCUCGCUAACAAGAACGUGGCAGCCGAGUCAUUGUACUUAAAAAUAGACAAUGAAAACGAAGACGUUCAAUGGAAAUGUUUAAGAGACACCAGAGUCUCAAAAUUAUGGUUCGGAAAGUUUAAAAAACAGUUGUGCGAAACGAAUAACGUUCAAGUCGAAAUCGAAGGGACAUUUUAUCCGUUGCUCUGUUUCAAUCAGAAGUGGAUAUAUAGAAAAAGGAAAUUGAAAUCGUGUUAUAAUAAAGAUCAAUUGUUAGAACAAUUGUCAAGUUACAAGCAAUUGGUAGAAAUGGAACCUAAUAAUAAGUGGGCUCAUCUUACUGCCUUAUUGUUAAUGAGGAAAACUGACUUCACAACAUUUUACGAGGAUAUCUUAGCCAAUUUGAAUGUUCUUAUUAAUAUCGACUCGUUUCGAUCUAAUUAUUAUAAGGACUUACGAAGCAAAUAUUCGAUAGAAUAUAAGUUGUAUGAAUUAUGGAGUAUGGAAGAAGACAAAGACGUGAAAUCAGAAAUUGAUCUCUCGGGAUUGAACCUGACCUCGCUUGGCAAUAACGGACAUCUCAGUUUCUUUGUAGAAAUCAAUUUAGGUGCAAAUUCUUUAUCAAACUCUUUGCACGAAUUGUCUCUCCUACAGAAUUGUCGAAAAUUAUCACUUUCCAGUAACCAACUAGAAAGCUUAAGUAAGUUUCCUACAUUAGAACAUCUCGAAGUUUUGUUACUGAGAAACAACAGAUUGAACGAUGUAGAAGAGCUGUUACAGUUGUUAGAGAAACAUCGAUUGAAGUUACUCGAUGUAAGAGAGAACCCUUUAUGUGAUAAUAAAGACUUGCCACCUAUUAUUACGGAACUAAAUUACAAUUCUACUUAAAAUAACUUUUAUAAUGCGUGUAUUGAUGAUAGGCGUUAUGAAAUAAAAAUAUCGAAUUUGGUCACGGGCAAAAUAUACUGUUUAUCCAUUUCAUAUUAUGAUCAAUAAAUAUGACUACCUUCUAA